GGAUUUAUGAUAGUAUUAGCGAAGAAACAAUAGAAUUGGUGUCUAAAAAAUAUGACAUCUCUGUAAAAGGCAGAGUUGAUUUUACCAUUAGUCAAGGUAGUAAUAUUCUCUGCGUAAUUGAAGCAAAAAUGCAUGACAUAGAGUAUGGAUUAUGCCAAAAUCUAGUUCAAGCAAAGACUGCUUGGGAGGGAACGAAACGAAAACGGGAAGAAAUUGAAUACAUGUAUGGCAUGGUGAAAAGUGGUAUUUCACCAUGGUAA